AUGGCUAGCCCUAAUGUUCUUACAUUUGAUGCUGAGGGGCGUGCGGUUGACUUUGACGUGUGGGUUGACGACCUGCAGCUCUUUCUUCAGUGUGACUCUAAGGACGGAGUAUCCCUUUUCGAUCACACGUCUGGUGUCUCUCCUGCACCUGCUGCCACUGCUGACAGUACGGUUCGCUCGCAGUGGACCACUCGUGACACUGUUGCUCGCCUUGCUGUUCGUAGUCACCUGCCGUCUACUGAGCGCGCGCACUUUGGCCAGUACAAGACUGCUAAGUCUUUGUAUGAUGCUCUCGUAGCGCGCUACUCCUCCCCUGCCACUGCUGCCCUCAGCCGCCUCGUGCUGCCGUACCUGUUCCCUGACCUUGCCGCCUUUGCCACAGUCGCUGACCUCAUUACUCACCUCCGCACUAGUGACGCCCGCUACCGCACUGCGCUUCCCACUGAGUUCUGUGCCAAGAACCCCCCCCCCCCCCCCCCCAUGUACAUCACCCUCUACUACCUAGUCAACCGCCUCCCUGACUCCCUUGCUUCAGUCAGGGACCACUUUCUCUCCCUUUGCCCCACCAAGCUCACCGUCGACCUGCUAGAGGAGCGCCUCACUGCAGCUGAGAAGAGUAUCGAUGCUGUAGGUGCUUCUCGCGGCGACCCUCGCGCCCCUUUCUUUGAGGGGUGUUCCCCUGUCCCCCUUCUCCCCUCUGUUGCUUCUGCUGCUGCUGUCGACCUCGUUGGCAUUGAGGAGGUCGGGGCUGCGUCUGCUCCUAGUGGGAGGCACCGCAACAGCAAGGGCAAGGGGGGCAAGGGUGGUGGAGGGGGCGGUGGGGGCGGCGGUGGAGGCGGUGGAGGAGGCGGAGGGGGUGGCGGUGGAGGUGGGGGUAGUGGCGGGAGUGGGGGCUUCGGUGGCGGCGGUGGGGGUGGUGGAGGCAGCGGCAGCGGCGGUGGAGGCAGUGGCAGCGGUGGUGGAGGUGGCGGCGGCGGUGGUGCUGGUCGAGGUGGAGCCGCGCAGCGUGGAGGCUUUGGUGGUUGCCAGCGUCAACACCAGCUGCGCUCCCGUGAGACCUCGUCGGCCCAGCAGCUUCGUGAGUGGUACGCGGGGCGUGGGAGGUCUGGGGGUGUUGGUCCCUGCACUUACGUUCUUCGCACCGGCGGGCGCCGUGGGGAGACGUAG